AUGGCCGAUCUCACCAACGCGCAGCGGCAGCUCGUAGCGAAUGCUCGCGCUCGGAAGCAAGGACGAGCGCUGUCGUUGAAACUGAAGGAUCAAGCGGAAGCUGAACGGCAUCAACACUUGGCCGAUAAAAGGCAAAAAGCGCAGCAGAACCAAAAACCAGCAGUAGACAAUAAACUCGCCAUUCGGUACGUGACGAAGGACCUGGCGCAGUAUGCCCUCCACAGUGAUUGGAAAAAGAAACGUCAUCGAAAGGACAAGACCCGCGCAAGUACAGUCCCAGACGCCAAAAGUGCUGGGGGGGGGAAUUCCAAUCAACAGCCCAACCGGGGGGCUGAGCUCGACAUUGACGAAGACAAUCCCCAACGGCGACCCCCACGGUACCGCCCGCCGAAUGCAUGGGCCAAGCUGUACGAGCUCGAAGUCCAAGAAGUGGAAAAGGAAAAGGUCGCCAAACGCAACGCGGUGGUCAACAGUAUGCAUGUCGUCCGUUCGUGUCUGAUGCAACAAGAAGAGGAGAAGCAGCGGCGGCGACAGCAAGAAGCCGAACGUAGUGCAAAGUACUUUGAGCAGCAACAACUCGAGUUGACCAAGUACAAGGACCAACUGACCCAAUUGCAAGCGGCCAAAGAGGAAAAGCAAAAGCAAAUGAGUGCCGAGAUUAACCGCAUGGUGGCGGACGCCCAUGAGAAGCGAGAGCGGCAAAAGAAGGCGAAGAUGCAAGCCGAGCUGCGUGAAGUGGACAGAGCCAAGGCAGCCCUCGAAGCCGAACGCUUGCGACUGGAAGAAGACAAACGACUUAAAGCGUUGCAAGUGGAGCAGGUCAAGGUUGAAAACCAAAAGCUCCAAGACGCCAAGCGCGUGGAAAAGUUACGCCUGCAAGAGUAUGAAAACGAAAUGACCCAGGCGUAUCAAAAACGGUUGGCGGCGCAAGAACUCGCGAGGAAAGCCGACCUGCAAAAGACAUAUGAGCGCCAGGAAAAGCGGGUGAGCAUGGCGCUGCUGAACGUUGUCUCGCCCGAAGAAAAGGCGCGGCAGGACGAAGUUCGCGCGGCCGUUGUCCAGGCUGCCGAGCGCAAAAAAGAGGAGGCGAGGCUCGAGGAGAAGCGGCGAAAGCAGCGGCAGCUGGAUGCGGAGCAGGGCCAAGAACUGCGCAAGCAACAAGAGGAGAAGCGGAAUCGACUCGAGGCCGAGCGCCAAGCAGCCGCGCACAUUGAUGCGAUGGGAGCGCAGGACGCUCUGGCCGCCGAGAUGGCCGCCCGAGUGAAGCAAGCCAAGAAGGACGCUAUCGAUCGCGAGUACCGGACGAAACUGGCGCAGCAAAUGACGGCAGAAUACCAGCGCAAAGCCACGAUGGACAAAUGGAGCAUGAGCCACAUUGAGAUGAAGCUCAAUUCUACCACGUUGAAAAAGGCAGGCUAUCUGCAUGCUCACACCACGUUUUUCACGCGAAAUAUGACCAAGGACAUCGACGGGGGUCUUCGAAAGCCGACCUUCACCGUGCGAGAUGGGUACCAUCUUGAGCAACUGAACCACAAAAGUUGCAGCGACGUCGAGUGGCGAAACUAUCCUGAACUUGCCCCUCCCGCAGCGACCCCCGUCAAGGACACACCCUCACGUCCACCAGUGCCAUCACUAGACCUACCAUCGACCCCCUCGCGUCGACGCUCGUCUGUGUUGGACUGCCCUCAAACGUUAACGCCAAACACACCAAAGCACCGCCGCGAGUCGUUGAAACAGUCUUCCCCCAUAGCUUCGUGGCUCAUCUUUCGACAGGACUCGGAGGCUACGUCCACAUCCAAAGUACUUCCGUUCCUGUCGAGAACUCCCACAAGCCCCCCUUUGACAUCCGAUCCCCCUGGCCUGGGGUAUGCGCAGCCCCAUCGGAACAUUCGCCACCGCAGCAUCAAGCCUGCGUCCAAGACAUCCCUCUUACCGCAUUUACCCGUCCCAAGUCCCCGUCCAAGGCACGUAAACUUCGGACGACAGCUUACUUAUGUUGGUUGUAGUGGGGGGCCGUGCUAUAGCUCUCGACGAACUCGGUACGACACUCAAAUCAGCAUGAUUCGAAAGCGAACCAUCGUACCGGUGGCAGACCCCCGCUCCAUGUCGUUGGGGGCUCGCAUUUUGCACUUUAAGAUCGCCCCCCACGAGUUGCAAGCCGUGCUGAAGCGAGAAGACGCUCGCAAACUGCGACACAUUACAGAUCACGGCACCAACCUCGUGGCUCGCAACAAGCAGCUCGUCAAACCACCCUCGAAUCAAGUCGAACGAUUUGAAGUCGAGCGGCGACGCCAAGAAGAGGCCAAAGCGCGGAUGCAAGCACACCAUCGCGUCAUGGCAGACGUGUUGGCAGCGGGGGUGAAUCGAUGGGGGGCGCGAAAGCAGCAAGCGGCGCUACUUCGGGCACGCCAGCACUGGGCUCGCAAGACUUUGUUGUUGGUGGCGCUGGGGAAGAUCACGCACAAACUCCACGCCCUGUACCGUGCAUCUGAGGGGCGUAUUUUGUCCAACCAGCAACACCGGGCUACAAAGCGAAUCCAGCACUUUUGGAGACGCAAGUCGCAAGCCAUCUGCUUAAGCCACGUCACGCACGCUAUGUUGGUGAUUCAAAAGUACUUGAUGAAAUGGGUGCGCAAAAAUCGGUUGCGCCGUCGACAGCUGGCGGUGCACGUGAUUAUCACGUCCAUCGAAGAGCUGCAGGAAGCCAAGUUUCGUCGGUGCAUUCUCAAGUAUCGGCACUGUAUUCAAGUGUUUCAAAGCAUGUGGCGCGGGUGGAUGAGCAUCACGGACGCGCGAGUCAAGUUGCUCUUGUUGUUUUGGGCCAAACUCGAAAGAAAGGCACUUGAUAAAGGGGCAACGUCGGACGAUGUGUCCAAACUGUCGCUGGAGGGCAACGCGCCGUCUCGGCCCCUGACAAAGCGACGCUGUGGCUUACGAUCAACACCAACACUGUCGCCACUGCGGGCCACACCGUCGGCGUCGCUGAUUGGCAUGGGGGAUACAGUCAAGCUGCUCGAGCACUUGAACUCGUUAAAGCUUCGGUCGCACACCGGUGAAAUCUCCCGCGGUCGUAGCCGGGGCACUGGCGGAUCAAGAGUCUCCACGAGCUUGAAGACCAGUCUGGUUAAGGACUUGCUGCGGAAGAAGCGCCAAGAAUUCCUUGCCCUGCGCCAGGAACAAAAGGAACUGUGCGAAAACCAACUGGAACUGCGACGACGGCUAGGCGUGGGCAUGGACGCGCGAACUGUCUUGGCGCUGGACAACUUGCGCUUUGAAAAGUCGCAAUUUCUCAUGCUCCAGAGCAUCUCCGAGGCAGACAUGCUGGAGCUGAUCAAGGAAGCCGAAACCCAGACAAAACACCGGGCCGCGAACGGACUGGAGGGCACCCAGCCUAUGGACGGGCCAUAGCUAGGACUAGUGUGGUAUUGUGUGGGCUUGGGACAUCAAUAUAAAGCCAUUGCUUGUCCA